GCCAGUACCGCCACCAUUGCCACGCCACACUCCUACCUCCUACCGUACCGCCGCAAUGUCUCGUGCAACUCUUGGCAUCAUCUCCAUUGGAGACAUGGGCAUAGGCAUCGCCAAAUUGCUCAUCGCCCACGACUACAAAGUCAUUACGAACAUCUCAGGAAGAAGCAAAGCUACAUAUGACCGCGCCCAAGCAAACUCCAUUCAAAUCGUCGCCGACGACAUUGAACUUUGCAAUUCAUCCGAUGUCAUCUUAUCCAUCGUACCGCCUCGUGAUGCUGUUGAGGUUGCCCAAAGGAUUGCGGAAGCGACUUCCAGCCCCAAGUAUAAGCAUAACGAGCGGAAGGAAACGCUGUACUUUUUGGAUCUCAACGCUAUCAGUCCCGCGAGAGCACGCGAGAUUGAAGCACUGUUUGCUUCUUCUUCUUCUUCUUCUUCUUCUUCUUCUUCUUCUUCUUCUUCUGCUUCGCAAGAUGUCCAAGUCAAGAUGAUUGAUGGAGGUAUCAUCGGUGGACCGCCCCACGCCAACAACAAGAACAACAACAACAACAACUCCACAGAGGAUAAUAACAAUAGCGAAUGGACUCGCCCCAGCAUCCCCCUCUCCGGACCUCAUCACCUACAACCUCAGCUCGCACAAGUCCUCAACACGCGACACAUCUCCGACGAGGUCGGUUCCGCAUCCGGGCUCAAAAUGUGUUAUGCUUCUCUCUCCAAGGGCUUCACCGCUCUGGCCAUCGGAUCCUACACUACAGCGAAAAGUCUCGGAGUGUUGGAGGAGUUGCAGCACGAGCUUGAUGAGCGUUCACCUGGAGUGAGGGGAAGGGCGGAGAGAGGGUUAGUGGGCAUGCCACCGAAAGCUUACCGAUGGGUCGACGAAAUGCGUGAAAUUGCCAAAACCUUCGAAGUCGAUGGGGGUUUCCAUCAAGAAACGGAAUCCCCUUUUCGUGCCAUUGCCGAAAUCUAUCAAUUGGUUGCGCAUGGGACGGAACUCGGCAAGGAAGUCAUUGGGAAUCGACAACGAGGGCAGACUGCAGAGGAUGUCGCUGUUUUGGUAGAGGAGGGGACGAAGAAGAGGAAAGGAUAGAGACUGAUUGAGGGGUGGCUGGGUAGAAGGGCGUGCGAGUAUUUGAGUAAGGAGGCCUUUUUUUUAAUACUUGGCUACAGUGGCAAUUGAAUAUACCUACCUACCUAGGUAUAGCUACUGUAGAAGUCAAAAUCAUCGGGUGUAGGAUCCUUCUAGGGCUUCUCGAGGAAAAUGGAAAUGUU